ACCAAAAACCGGUUUUACCAGGAAGAAAGUCCGUCUUUGCCAGGGCUGCAGCUACCCACCGCGCCGUUAGUACGGAUGUCACCGACACCGUUCUCUCUCUCUCUCGCGCGCGCAUUUCUGAGGCCAACUCAAUUCAAAUUUAUCAUUCCUCAGCAAGGCUUCAGUGUUCGCACCUCGUAAGCUCCUGACCAAAGCGUUUUCGCUGGAUUACCGACAAUGCUGCACGAACUGUUACUGGUAGACACUCUUGGGCUGCACCGGCGAUCUCAUAAUCGACGACAGGGAUCACCAGAAAUCCCUCGUCAUACAGUUAUCUCCGACGAAUGCACCGUCAAGCUCGCUUCCGAUAUCUCCUUCAUCGAGCCUACCGAGAGGUAGGUGCUUCUUCUCUCUUUUUUUUAAGGGUUUUUGGAUUUAGCCUUCCAUUUCCAUGAUUACAUCAAAGGCGAUGAUUCGAAUCAAAAUUCAUCGCUUCAGGGAUCUCAUCCAGACGCUAGUUUCCUUGGGAUUUUACUACUGAGAGCUCGAUUGGUUUGCAACAAAGUCCAGGAAUUUACCAAUUCUUGUUGAUAGACUUAGAAAUCUUCAAUUUUUCAUACAGGUCCUCCUUGACGCUAAAUUACUAGAUUCAAGAAAUUAUCCAAACCUCUUUCUAUAAGAAAAUGUUUUUUUUUCUCAGUCAUUGAUGAUGUCUACUCUUUUACUUUUUUUGUUUUCGGUACUAACCCUCACUAUCAGUAAGCUACAUUGUCCCUGACUAAUACGAAGUUGAGCUGCAUUGAUCCCAUAAGAGAUGCUCUCUCGGCGCAUGUUUUUCCAUUCACAAGACUUAAACUCAAGAGAACCGAGUUCCUUCCAUUUGAAUCAACCUUCCACUUGAACUAACAAGCUAUUGGUUGUAUUCUUUCCCUCUAUGUUGCUUGAUUUCCCAGUUAAAGAAAUCUUAUCUUUCAGUUUUAGGUUGAUGUGAUAGAAUCUCAACGGAACAUCUUGCAAUCUCAUAUUCAAGAUUCACAUAGACUUCACUGAAUUUGUAAACUUCCACCAAAAAUAGAAUAAGCAUCUUGCUUCGGUUCUAUUAUGAGCAGUAUUAGUUCAAUUUGUCUAAUGUUAUUUUGCUCGUUAAUUCACACAAAAUCAUCACUAAAAGAUAAUUAUUAGG